AUGAAUCGCGGUCUCUUCUUCCCCCUCGACUUCAACAGCUUCCACACAAUCCCGAAGCCACCAAUACCGUACGUGGAAGGGUAUGAAUUCUCAGUUGUUGAGCACUUCCCGGUCAAACCCAAGAGAAGCCCGGACGUGGAUUUCACGACAACCGAGUAUGAGCGACGCACCACACAGGAACUCGUCCACCGGUGCGUCCGCAGAAGCCCGAAGAAGGGCACGAUGGGCACCCGAGAGCUCGGACUGAAGGUCUUUCUGCCGCUCCGGAUCGGCGACAACGAGAUGUCGCAGGUGGCUCUCGUCGAAGUCACGUCCGGCCACCUGGCGGGCAUGCGGGUCGUGGCCAAGCUCUACGAUCCGCUGUACUACGACCACGCGACUCUCCGAUGGAAUCCGUUCAGCUACGUCGAGGCGGACUACGCGCGGGAGGUGGCCGCGUAUCGACAUCUGCACGAGGACAACCUGGGCGAGUAUAUCCCGCAGCUCUACGGCUCGUACUCGACGAGUAUCGUGCAUCCGGGGGUCGGCACGCGCGCCGUGCGCCUGAUUCUCGUGGAGUAUAUCCACGGCACAAGCAUGUACCAUCUCGCACCCAACGACUUCCCGGAGGAAGUGCACCGGCACAUAAUGUACCAGAUCGUGAAGGCGGAGUCGCAGUUCUACGCCGUCGACGUGCGCCACGGGGACCUCUACCAGCGCAACGUCAUCAUCAGCGGCGAGGCCAGACACGACCCCAACAACCGCCCGCGCGUCACCAUCAUCGACUUCGGCCGCGCCAAUAUCGGCCGCGCCAUCCCCCGCUUGCUCAAUUGGUCGCUGGAACCCCGCCUCCUGCCCGGUGUCUAUGUCAGCCCUAUCCUCCGUUGGCAUCGCGGCAUCACACCCAAGCCGAACGACUUCGCCAUGUGGUGCAUGUGGGCCUGGAACGAGUGGCUCUGCCACGAGUUCCGCGACGAUAUUCCUGCUAUCACCCCGGAAAUGGAGCGCUGGGUUCCGGAUGAUGUGCGCGGUAACCCGUUCUUCAUUGAGCUCUUCGGACCUGAGUGA